CCGCCCGGCAUGAGGAGACGGGGGUCGCUGCGCGCGGAGACUCCCGUGAGGCGCUCCACGCGCCUGGCGCAGAGUAGCGCGGAGCAGCCGGUCCUGAGCGAGGUGCCCAGUGCUGAGGGAGGGAGCUUUCCCCUCGUUCUGCAGCCCCGGGCCAGCAUCAAGGCCCACAAACUGCAUCUCACUCCGGCCCGGGAUCCAUCGCCCACUCCAGCCAGUGAUCCUACCCCCGUGCCAGCCAUGGAGCCCUCGGCUGGGUCAGCCCUGGAGCCCUUGCCAAUAUUAACCAGGGAGCCUCCACUGCCCCAGCUCAAGGAUGAACCCACCAGGACCGCGAUGAAGAGAGGCCUCUCCCGGAAGCCAGCAGCAAGGCUGGAGGCUUCCAGGAGCAAUAGAUGGGUGGCACUGGACCAAGAUGCUCACUUGUCACCCUAUGUGAGGCUGAAGAGGCUGCAGAUCUCAGAGGAGGAUGAAGAAAAGGAGGAGCUUUUCCCCACCCGAAGUGAGAGCUCAGGGGAGAAAGAGAGGUGA